AUGUCUCUGAAAGCAAUUUCAGCCAAGGAUGCCGCCUCACUGGACAAAGACCUCAUGGAGACCGGCGGCUGGUCUCUAGAUCAGUUGAUGGAGCUAGCGGGCCUUUCUGUCUCGCAGGCUGUAUGGAAAGUCCAUCCCCCAAGUGCAGGCAAGAAUAUCCUAGUUGUGUGCGGACCAGGCAAUAAUGGUGAGAAGCAACUCCAGUCUUACCAUUCCGAGCAACAACAACCUAACAAAUCCCCAGGAGGAGAUGGCCUCGUAGCCGCUCGGCACCUAGCCCACUUCGGCUACACACCAUCGGUGUACUACCCAAAACAGGGCAAAAACGAGCUAUACCAACGCCUCAAAACUCAACUCGAAAACCUCUCGGUCCCUUUUAUAGACGACUUUCAGACAGCGCUAAAGUCAACAGACUUCCUGGUAGAUGCCAUCUUUGGAUUCUCCUUCGGCGGAGCAUUGCGCGAUCCCUUCGGUGAAUUCGUCUCGCAAAUUGAAGCCGCUAACGUCCAGGUGCUGAGUGUCGAUGCGCCCAGCUCAUGGGAUAUCCAGAGCGGACCGCCGAAAGAGGGACCCGGUGCGAAGUUCAUGCCGCAUGCCCUGAUCAGUCUGUCUGCACCCAAGCCGUGUGUGGCGUUUUAUCGGGGCAGGCAUUUCAUUGGUGGUAGAUUUUUGACGAAGAACCUUGCUGAUAAGUAUGGGCUUGAUUUGCCUAAGUAUCAAGGUGUUGAUCAGGUUUUAGAGAUUGGGGUUGAUGCGGAGGGGAGAUUGUAA